AUGUCGGCCCCAAAUAUCACAGAAAUACCAGGAUUUUACUAUGGCAUGCACCGAUCCGUUUGUUGCAAACAAAUUAAUGCUCGGCCUUGCAGCUCAAUUUGACUAACCAACGGUAGAUACCGGGAAACGUAAAUACUUUAGGAUCCUCUCCGAUCAUGCCAUAGCCUCCUCCUCCUCCUCCUCCAGGUCCUCCGGUCGCCCGAAUUUUUAUACACCUAGCACAAUUGCCGAAUUAGAAGCAAAGAAGCUAAAACUCAAUGACGAUGCUAGGCAGGAGUCCUCAAGUUUUCGAUACCGCCGUAGGAGCUCAUUGUUUGCAUCGCCAUCUACGCGUUGGAACCUUGAGCGUGAGAUGAGCGUGGGUACUCCUGUGUCGCUGCGAGCUGCGUAUAAGAGGCAUGCAGCGAAAUAUUGGGUGUAUAAAGAGUUCAUACCCGCCGCCAACGUUGUGCAGGGCGUUAGCAAUUUGUUUGUACAGAGGAUGGGCGGAACAGUGUAUUUCGUCGUUGGGAUGAAUAGCGGGAACAUCACGUCCUUUUGUGCUAAUGGAGUGGGGGCCAAGGGUGUCGGGCUUGGAAGCAGUAUUGAGGGGUUUAAGGAUCGUGAGUUCUGGAAGUCUGAGAUGGAGCAGGGUAUGCAACUGGAGGGGGAGGUCCGGGAGCGUGAAUUGGUAAGGAGCGAUGUGAGUGUUCGCUAUUGGUAUUUCAGGCUCCCUGGGAUGGUGACGGGAACCGUUGCGAUUGAGAAUGAGGGGAGUAAUCUGGAAGUUUUGUAUGGGUUUCACACUCCUCAGGUCGCUCGUUCCCUUAAUCUGAUAUGCGAUGAUGACAGCUAACAGGAGGGAUAUCCAAAGAGUGUCCUCCCUCUCCGCCACCUUUGCCCGCCAAAUCCUGGGCAAGACGGCCGAUUUUUUUCCGACCAUGUACGGUCCCGCAGGCACUUAUCCCGUGAGGACUGACGUCCCGGACCAAAAGCCAACUCUAUCAAUGACCUACUCCCCGGAUAAGCGUACCAUGUUCUACGGGCUUGAAAAGGGCGUCGCAUUCGGGCGGGCUGACCGUCAGGCCGGUGUCAGGGGGCCAGUGACAAACCUGGGCACUGACAUCUUUGCGGUCCACUGUCUACCCCCGGACGCUCCCACCCAUACCGGCUUUCUCGCGGGCGGGCGCGACGGGACUGUCCGCCUCUUCGACGUGCGAGCGAACCCACGGACUCGCGCACCUAUCAUUCUCAACGUUGGCAGUGUCCGGCACAUUGGAGGCCUAGGCCCUGUCAAACUUGCCAUCCGCUGCGUGGACUCCUGCGCCGUGUACGACCUUCGCAUGCAACAGCACCUCCGGAGACCCGGCGCGGAGAGCCCCUGCAUAUCCAGGUUUCGCGUCCCAGACACCGAUGGGAGGAAAGGUGGCUUCGACGUUUACCACGAGAUGGGCUUGAUCGCUGUCGAGGGCGGGGGUGUUGGCACCGGUAGUGGGGGCAGUAGCAGCAGCAAUGAGAAGGCAGUUUACUUGUUCGACGUUGACAGUGCCGAUCUCGUAAAGAAGUUUCCCCCUGGCCAGGUCAAGUUCUUGAAGCCCGAAGGAGGCGAUGGGUGGCCGACUGUGGUGAUUGCCGGGGAGCAUGGGGUUGGUGUUCACCAAUAG